UUUAGCCUAAACCUUGGGUGGUAAUAAGUCUUCUGACCUAUUUUUUCGGAAGCUUGCUUGCAAACCCUCCAGCAAAUACGCCCUGCGAAUCAUCACUCCAUCAACUUGUUCUGAUGACUUUAAAUUCUGUAGAUUAAAGAAGAAAAAGAAACCGGACUCCAACAUCCUCCGAUACAUACCACUCAGAAAACAAUCUGUGUUAAUCAUAUUAAUGGGUUUUAGAGAGCUUUUAUAGACCUUUAGUUUUCUGGGUUCAUCUUUUGCGUUUGAAACUUCGGGUUCUUUCUGUGUUUGAAACAACUUACUAGGAUUUCAUUUUCUGGUCUAAUUAGUUAUUUGUUUUAGUUGGAUGACGAUGAAAUUGUUCUUCUUUUCCAGUAUUUUGAGAAGAACAUUAACUUCAAGUAAUGUUCAAUUUAAUUUACUUGUAGCUUGAUUCUUUUUCAAAUUUUCCUUUUCUUAUUGUUGUAAUGAUAAUUUUUUUUAAUUCGAACUUUCAUGAUAAAACAGCAAGGUUUCCCUUAACAUCUAGCUUUGCUUUCGUGGUGUCAAAUAAUUUUCAUGGAAAUAAUGAACAACCCAACACACAACGAUGAGAACGAGCUAUUGACGUUUCUCGAUUCCGGUAUUUACCGAUUCCGAAACUCAAAUGCGGUUUUCAUUGAUCCCGUUCGUAUACUCAACCGAUCCUAUACUCGAUUUAGGGUUUCUCCAUCUGCAUAUUACUCCCGUUUCUUCGAAUCCAAGCCAGCCGAAAGUGAAACCAAAGAGACUUCAAAUUUUAAAAAACGAAAAAGAAAGCGCAAAAAACCUCACAUUCUUAACGAAAAAGAGCAAGCUGCCGAUCAACGUUACCAGGAAGUGAAGCCCGUGUUAUUGAAGGCGCAUGAAGCUCUGUUAGGUGCUACUGAUCUCUUAAUGAUUAUGGGAAAAAUAAGGUGUGAGCUUUGUUCUUCAUCAGAAUGUGGUGUUGAGCAAUCGUUUGUUGAGCUUGGAAGAGUGUGGCAGGCCCCUAUGUACGAGAUAACUUUCAGUUUUAAUCAAGGGUCCAAAAUUGAUGGCUACAGUGAACAGAGGGUGCUUCCUUUGUUUAAUAAUUUGGUUGCAAAUGAGACUUGUGACGAUGUGGAGGUUGAAGUUCUAUCCAGAAGAUAUAUAUUGCCUAGAGAAAGUUGCUUCUUCAUGUCUGACCUGGGGCAGAUUCACGACCUUAUUCCUGCUGAAUCUAAUUGUGGCUUCAAUUUCAUAGUCAUUGAUCCUCCAUGGGAAAAUGGAAGUGCCCGUCAGAAAUCGUUGUAUCCUACUCUGCCGAACCGGUAUUUCUUAUCCCUUCCAGUUCGGCAACUUACUCACACAGAGGGAGCACUUGUAGCCUUAUGGAUUACUAACAGGGAGAAGCUGUAUAAUUUUGUUCAGAGAGAGCUAUUUCCCACAUGGGGAGUCAGCUAUGUGGCUACAUUUUACUGGUUAAAGGUGAAAGAAGAUGGGACACUCAUUAGUGACUUGGACCUCUUUCAUCAUAGGCCUUAUGAAUGCCUUCUUCUGGGAUACAGUUCCAGGGAGCAAUCAGGAACUACAUCUAUAAAGGAUAAUCAAAUCAUUAUAAGCAUUCCUGGAGAUUACUCACGGAAGCCUCCAAUUGGAGAGUUGCUUCAGGAGUAUGUUCCUGGGCCUAAACCUUCCAGAUGUAUUGAACUUUUUGCUAGAGAGAUGACUGCACGAUGCAUUUCUUGGGGGAAUGAACCUCUUCACUUUCAGGAUUCGAGAUAUUUUUCUAGGAAUUCAGAUGCGGCUCAUUCAUCCAAAUGAAAGCGUUUCUGUUGGGCAUUAUACCGAGAUUUUGAACUCAGGAUAUUCUGCAAUUCUAAAGAUCUGUUUGUUGACUAUGAUUUUCCCGGCAGCUGAAAAAAAAUACAAAAACACUUAAUGAUACAUAUAGGCUUUGGAAUUAAGGCAAAGAAGAGUAGGAUGUCGAUUUCCAAAUAUAGAAUUGAAAGCAUGUAAUUUUUGACCGUUUCUUUUUUUCCUGUCUUCCCCAUUAACUUAGACAAUGAUUUACAUUGAAUAGGCUGAUUAGCAGAAGACAUAGUUGAAUCGUAAAUGUUAAUUAUGAACUGAAUUAUGUUGAUGCAUCAAAUAUAUUUAUCUUUGUAGGAA